UUAACAGUGCAUUUAAGGCUUUACGGUAAGUAGUAAUGUACCAAUCUACAGCUGUGAUAAUUGUAAACUAUGUAACAGCACAGCUACCAAACGGUCCUAGGGAGGCAGGAUUUGUAGGGGGGCGUAUUAUGACGGAGCACAUACCGACAGGAACUGAGACACAGCAGGAACACGCGUGUACUGUAAACACUACUCACGUGGUCGAGCAGAUUCCUCUCAUUUUCAGUUUGAAAGCAGAAGGUAAAUUCAUAAACACUAAUCCUGAAGAUGAACAAAUAGCCGGAGAUACCUCUGUGGAAACCUCACAGGAGCUCAGGAGUCAGAGGAGCUGAGAGACCAACACCAGCAGAGAAAACAUGGCAGGUAGAGGAAGAGGAAGAAGUCUGUUCACCUUUAAUGUGGAUUCUCUGGGAUUUGGAAGAGGAGAGGCUUUACCCACCAGUGCCCAUGCCCCUUCUCCACUGUACCCACCGAUGCAGUUCAGGCCGGUUCCGCUGCACACAGGGGAGGAGGUGGACUAUAUGCUGGCUCUAAAACAAGAACUGAGAGCGUCCAGCAAAAACUUGCCCUUCCACAUUCGCCCAGCCAGAGCAAAGAGAGAUGUGGAUCGUUACUCAGACAAAUACCAAACUGGAGAACCAAAAAACAACAGCAUCGAAUGGAGCCCAGACUGGAGCCGGCUGCCUAAAGAGCUAUGCAUCAAAGAACAGAAGCCACGGAAAGCAAAGGCCAGGUCACAAGUGAAGCCUAAAAUAAAGCAUGCUACUGGUAAGGCAGAACUGAUCCAAAAACUAGAGACUCUUGAAAAGAAAGAGGAGGAGAACCAUUCUGAGGAGGAGCAAGAUGAGGAAAAGAAGAAGAAGAAAGCAGCAGAGGAAGAAGCAGAGUCUGAAGAAGGGGAACAAUAUGAUGAAGAAGAAUUUGAGGAAGAGACGGAUUACAUCAUGUCUUACUUUGACAACGGUGAGGAUUUCGGAGGUGAUAGUGACGACAAUAUGGAUGAAGCCACUUACUAAAGACCUCUUGGGGAACAUUUUAUUUAUUUUAGAAUGAGUGUUUGUGAGCUAUUUUUAUUAUUAACACACCAAUAUGAGAUGUCAAUGCUGCUGUACUGUUCAGAAAACACAUUUAAGGACCUGAACACUGAAUGCCUUUAGCUCUGGUGUUGCCAGAACCACAUUAAAAAAAAAUCUGUGCUGCUGCAACAAUGCUGCUAUUUAAUUGUUACUAUAUGAUUUUACUGCAGUUCGAUUUUAUGACAUAUACAGUUUAAGCUGUUUACAGAGAUCUGACAUAUAUUGACGUAUUUUGCUGAACUAGUAGCAUUUAGUGAGUUUAUGAGAACCCAGGGAUAUAAUUUCAUCAUGUGCCUUUCAGAGCAGUUUAUUGUUUACUACAGUAACUUGAAAACAUCCCUUUUGUUCACACAUAUUUUGUGUACAACUGAUUAUGUAUUGAUAUUGUGUUCAUUGGAAUAUGCUUGUGUCAAGUACUGUAUUAACAUGUCUGAGUGAAGAAGAUAAAGUGCUGUAUAAAAGAUCACUACACUGUGCUAUAUAAAAUCCUCCAGCAGGGGUCAUGCUGAAGCUUUAUAAAGGAGCAAAUCUGCACCCAUGGGUGUACUCGCUUGACUGUAAAGUUUAGAGGGGUGUUGUGUGAUAUGGUGUUGUGUGUUCACAGAGAACAUUUGACUGGUUUGCAUUCAAUUCUCCAAAGAAGUUCAGUUACUUUGUUCAUUCCAUGCAACCAAACCUGUGCCAUAAUAAACUGCAUUGAUUUAAA